AGCCCAGCCCUCCUUCCUGCAGAAGCACAGUGAGCCUAGGAGCCUUCGCAGGACAGCAGCCCCCGCCGCACACACCCCGUACUUUCCUGCCCUUCUCCAGCCAGGUGGGCUCCGUGGCAGGGCCUGAGCCACCCUCAUGGAAGGGAGAGGACCGUACCGGAUCUACGACCCUGGGGGCAGUGUGCCUCCAGGAGUGGCCUCCGCAGCUUUUGAGCGUCUCAUGGAGGAGAAUUCCCGACUGAAGGAAAAAAUGCAAGGGAUAAAGACGUUAGGGGAGCUCUUGGAAGAAUCCCAGAUGGAGGCUACCCGGCUCCGGCAGAAGGCAGAGGAGCUGGUCAAGGACAACGAGCCACUCCCGCCGCCUGUGCCCUCCUUGGGCUCCUUCGACUCCCUGACUGAGCUCACAGGGAAGGAUGCAGAUGUCCCGGCACCUCCCGCUGCCCCUGUGUUGCCCAGUGACAAGCCAGCGUCAGUCCAGAAGCCUCCGUCCAGUGGCGCCUCCUCUGAAUUUGAAGUGGUCCCUGCGGAGGAGCAGAAUUCUCCAUCAGAAAGUGGCGGCCGUGCCAGCGCGCUCGAGCUGGGCUCCCUGCCCCGCGAGGAUGGCAACCUCUUGCUGCACCUGCAGCGCCUGGAGACCACACUAAGCGUGUGCGCGGAAGAGCCGGACCAUGGCCAGCUCUUCACCCACCUGGGCCGCAUGGCGCUUGAGUUCAACCGGCUGGCGUCCAAAGUGCACAAGAACGAGCAGCGCACCUCCAUCUUGCAGACCCUGUGUGAGCAGCUUCGGAAGGAGAACGAGGCUCUGAAGGCCAAACUGGACAAGGGCCUGGAACAGCGGGACCAGGCUGCCGAGAGGCUGCGGGAGGAAAACAUAGAACUCAAGAAAUUGUUGAUGAGCAGUGGCAGCAAAGAGGCGGGCUCCGGGCGGCCAGGCUCACCGAGGGCAGAAGCUGCAAGCAGGAAGGUGGUGGCCGGACAGCAGCAGGCUGGCGUGACUGCAGGGAAGGUCCCAGAGUUGGGGGCCUUGGGCACAGCUGAGAAGAAGGUGAAGUUGCUGGAACAGCAGCGCACAGAGCUGUUGGAAGUGAACAAACAGUGGGACCAGCACUUCCGGUCCAUGAAGCAGCAGUAUGAGCAGAAGAUUACUGAGCUGCGCCAGAAGCUGGCAGACCUGCAGAAGCAGGUGACUGACCUGGAGGCAGAGCGCGAGCAGAAGCAGCGUGACUUUGACCGCAAGCUCCUCCUGGCCAAGUCUAAGAUUGAGAUGGAGGAGACCGACAAGGAGCAGCUGACGGCUGAGGCCAAGGAGCUGCGCCAGAAGGUCAAGCAUCUGCAGGACCAACUGAGUCCGCUUGCCCGGCAGCGCGAGUACCAGGAGAAGGAGAUACAGCGGCUCAACAAGGCCCUGGAGGAAGCGUUGAGUCUCCAGGCCUCCCCUUCAUCACCCCCGGCGGCAUUCGGGAGCCCCGAAGGAGCUGGGGGCCUCAGGAAGCAGGAGCUAGUCAUGCAGAAUGAGUUGCUGAAGCAGCAGGUGAAGAUCUUCGAGGAGGACUUCCAGAGAGAGCGCAGCGAUCGAGAGCGCAUGAACGAGGAGAAGGAGGAGCUGAAAAAGCAGGUGGAGAAGCUGCAGACCCAGGUCACCCUGUCCAACACACAGCUAAAAGCAUUCAGAGACGAGGAGAAGGCAAGAGAAGCCCUCAAACAGCAGAAGAGGAAAGCAAAGGCCUCAGGAGAGCGCUACCACAUGCAGCCCCACCCGGAGCACCUGUGUGGCGCCUACCCCCACGCCUACCCGCCCAUGCCAGCCAUGGUGCCGCACCAUGGCUUUGAGGACUGGUCCCAGAUCCGCUAUCCCCCACCCCCUAUGGCCCUGGAGCACCCGCCCCCACACCCCACCUCACGCCUCUUCCAUCUGCCAGAAUAUACCUGGCGCGUGCCCUGUGGAGGUGUUCGAAAUCCCAAUCCGAUCUCCCAAGUGACGGACCUGCCCCCAGCCAGGCCUACAGAACCAGAGCCACUGACCUCAGAUUGCCGAACACCUCGAGGCCAUGUGCUCAUGUGGCCAGAGCCUCAGCUGGCAGGAGGCUAGGAUGGUGACCAGCUCAUGCCCCGGCCCCGACUGGCUGUUUACGAGGCUGAGGAGCAUCCACCCAGGCCUCCACUGGGACACUUCCUCUAGGAGUGACUGGAAAAACUCACCACCCACCUCGGAGUGGGGAGAGGCCUCACCAGCUCUGACUUGCUGUGCUAGAGUGGGGUGCAGCCGAUACCCCGUCCUCCAGAACCUCCCAGAAGCGACACCAGCCCUUCCAGGGCCACAUCCAGUUCACGUGUGAGUCGAGUUUUGGCUUCAUGCUCUGUUGCGGGACCUGCCCACGCCCAUCCCUACCUCUGGAGGAGCUGCAGGAAGAGCAGAAGAGAACACAGGGUGUUCUGGCCCCAGGGCACUCUCCACCCCACCCAUGGUGCCGGCUGGGGCCCCGUCCACACCGCCGACGGGCCCCAGCAUGAAGCUGCUGGGCCCUGAAGUGCAGGCCUUGGCCCUACAGCUGGAGGCCUGUGGGGCCCAGGCUGGGGUGGCUGUCCAUCCCUGGGCAGCGGUUUGCACGAACCUUAGACAUAAAUCCGAGUGGAAGGUCGACA